AUGAUUAACACGAAAUUAAAAAAUCCAAAAUCGUUGACCUCCCUAGUAAACAUAUAUUUAAAAAACAUUCAUAACCCAUAGGAGCUAAAAGAUUUAAUUAAUUAAAUCUUGAGUGAUGCUACUUUUUUGCCAAUAUAUGGACUGAGUGAUUAAUAGAAACUAGAGCAUAAAACUAUCUUUACUAAUAUUCAACUCGGGAAUAACUAGAACCUAGGCACUAUACUUGGAAUGACAGUUUUAGGAGUCAUUGGAUUCUUGGCACUUGGAUUUACCUUUUUAGGUGCAAUAGGUGGAGGAGCUAUAGGGAUUAUUUUGGGUAGGUAUUUGGGAAGAAAAAUCUCAAAAAAAAUAGCUACAAAAGGGAUAAAUUUAACCGAAUUUGAUAUAUUUAUUAUCAGGGUAUAAUGCUUAUAUAAAUGGGGGAAAUUGAUCAUGAUCAAAUAUACAAACAAUAUCAAUUUACAAAGGUUUUGCAUUCAAAGAAUUUUAACUGAAAUCAAACCUCUAUUGCAUUAUAAGUAUUUUGAUGAGAAAUUUCAAAAAGAGUCUUUGAAUUUAUUAGCUAAAAUAAGAGAAUGGCUGGCUAAAGAAUAAUCUAUAUAUGCUUUAUGUCUUAGUUAUAAAUUAACUAAGGAAUAUAUUUAGAUAAUUGAAUAAAAAAUCAUUUAUUCGAAAUUUAGUAAUCAUGAAAUUUCAUACGUUUUAAAUGAAACUGUUUCAGAUGUUUUAAUUCCUUUUUUAACAUUAUUUUAAGAUUCAAAACAAUGUGAAAAAAAUGAAGUAAUCCAAAUGUUGAUCUAAAGAAUCAAAAAAUUAUAAGUAAACAAAAUAGUACUCAAAUGCUAACAAAGUUAUUUUGAUCAAUAGCUUUCUAUUGAAUUUAUCAAAAUGUUUGCUGCCAAACUCAAUUAAAAAGUUAAGAUUGAAGAUUUGGAAAAAUUCUUAUAAAUACAAAAUUAUAGAUAAUAAUAAUAAAAUAGAGAGUAAAAUUCUCCAACAAAAAGCCAAUAAAGAAGGAAAAGUUAAGGAGAUAUGGUAUCCAUAAAUGAAGAAGUAGAUGAAGAAUUUCAAGCUCAGGUGCCAUUAAUCAUGAAAAAUCAAGUGAGAGCAAGGGCAAAAUCAUAUGAUGAUAAAAAUGAUCAACAAUAAUCUUAGUUAAUCAUCCAAUAGAAUUAAUAAUAGCAAUAGUAAUAAUAAAAUAUGCAAUCAUCUGAUUAAAUUGUUUUUGAAAAUCAAGAAAAAAGAGGAUCUUAAUGUAUUCCAGAAAACUUGAUUUAAUAGAGCCAAUUGCAAUAGAUUUUACAUUUGCAGAUGGAACAUUCAUAACAGCACUCAUAACUCCAUAGAGUAUCAUAAUAAGCCUAAGAGAUUUAAAUCAAUUCAGAUAGAACCUAUUAACUCUCAGCUGAAUUGGAAGAAAAGUUUAAAUUAUUAGUUGACCUUAUUGAAGAACCUAUAGAUGGAUGGGAAAUCAUAUUAAAAAAAGAAAACUUGAUCAUUUACAAGACUUUCAAACCUGGAAAUCCAGCUGUUUUUGUUAAAGGUCAUAGUGAUUUAAUAGGAAUUUCAAUAGAUGUCUUAUUGAAGGCUAUACAUAAUGAAAAGUACAGACAAAAAUGGGAUAAAAUAUUAUUGAGUUUUUAAGUGUUAGAAAGAGAAUCUGCUAUUGUAGAUAUAAUCUAUUACUAUGUUAAAAGUCCGCCUUGUGUGGAUAAUAGAGAGUUUUGCUAAAAAAGAAUUUUGAAAUACGAUUUUCCAAAACCAGGACAAACCUGUCUUUUAUAUUUUAGCGUCGAACAUAGUAAGGCCCCUAAAUUCAAAGGGCAUAUAAGGGCUGAAACAUUAAUUUCUGGCUACAUUUUAGAGACUAUACCUGGGGGAAGCAGACUAUAUUUUUGUUCAAACAAUGACGUUAAAGGGGAUAUUCCAAAGAGCUUAGUAAACUAUGUUGCUUCUAGAGCUCCUAUAAGUUGGAUUAAUUCACUUAGAAAAGGAUGUGAAGAUUACAAUAAGAUUAUGUAACAAAUUUAAUAAUGA